AUGCCUCUCACCACUCGUCAGUCCGAAGACCUAAAAUCCGCCGUCGCCAGCUAUUUACGGGAGCUUGGCGCCGAUAAAGCAUUCAACGCGUUUUUAGAAGAGCAAAAUGUAAAUAAUUCAUCUGAUAAAAAGUUUCACGGCUUGCUAGAGAAGAAAUGGAUCACUAUUCCCAGGCUUCAGAAAAAGAUAACUGAUCUUGAACUACAAUUAGAACAGGUGAAAAAAGAAGCGAUCGGCGGCGGCUUCGCGCCAAGGGAGAAAAAAGACCAGUCCGAGUGGAUUCCACGCGGCCCGGAGAAAGCCGAACUGCACGGACACAGAAGUCCAAUCACCAGAACCAUUUUCCAUCCUCAAUUCAGUCUACUCGUCACUGCUUCUGAAGACUCACAAAUCAAGAUUUGGGAUUCUGAAAGUGGCGAAUAUGAGAGGACGCUAAAAGGACAUACAGACACCGUACAAGACCUCGCAUUUGAUUCCACGGGAAAAUUACUAGCUUCAUGUUCCGCUGAUCUAACAAUUAAACUAUGGAAUUUUAUCGACUACGAAUGUAUAAAAUCGCUGACAGGCCACGAUCAUAAUGUUUCGUCAGUGGCAUUUCUUCCUUCUGGGGAUCAUCUAGUCUCCUGCAGCAGAGAUAAAACAAUAAAACUUUGGGAAACAGCUACUGGCUUCUGCGUUCACACUCUUUCUGGCCACGCCGAAUGGAUAAGAAUGGUCAGGCCGAACGCCAAUGGAACCCUCUUAGCUUCUUGCAGCAAUGAUCACUCGGUCAAAGUUUGGGACCUGGAGAAAAAGGAAAUAAGAGCGGAUUUGCGAGCUCACGACAACGUCGUUGAAUGCGUCGAAUGGGCUCCUGAAUCGUCAUAUGAAUCUAUAGCAAAAUCAGUCAACUUAGACGCCAAAUCCAAAGGAGGCCCGUUCUUGGUCUCUGGCUCUAGGGAUAAAACAAUCAAGUUUUGGGACGUCACUUCUGGCAUAUGCUUAUUGACUUUAAAUGGACACGAUAAUUGGGUGCGGCAACUGCGUUUUCAUCCUAAAGGAAAAUAUCUUCUCUCGUGUUCGGACGACAAGACGCUGCGGACGUGGCAUAUCGAAAAUCAACGCAAUCACAAAACGAUCCAUGCCCACAAUCACUUCGUCCAAUCAAUCGAUAUUCAUAAAACAUGUACGUUCGCAGUCAGCGGCAGCGUGGACACCACAGCAAAGAUCUGGGAAUGCCGCUAA